UACUGAAGCAAUCUCGCGAAAGGUACGGUUCUCAGGGUCUCGGCGCGGCGAUCGGGGGGAAGAUGGCCUCAGAGACCUCUGGGCGAAGCUCUGCACGUAUGAAGUUCUCCAGCCACGGAGUGAGUAUGGAAGUGCUCUUUCGGCAACUCGGCUUUGGUCUUCUACUUCUGUUGUUACUGGCAUCACAGCGCGCCACCGCUGUUGCGGUUCCGAGCCCUCAGUGCCAAACGCAGUGCGGCGGCGUCGAAAUCCCGUUCCCAUUCGGCAUCGGCGCCAACUGCUCGUUAGCAGGCUUUAGCGUUAGCUGCCUGGUCCGAGAUGGCGUCUCCAAGCCAUUCCUGGGUGGUGGUAAAUUUGAGCUGCUCAACAUUUCCUUGAUCCAUGGCACGCUCCGGAAAACGAAUAACAUCUCGACGUACUGCUACAACACCUCCUCUCGUUCCAUGGACACUAAACCUUGGUCGUUCAGCGCAAGGAACAGCCCCUUCCGGUUCUCAGACAUCCACAACAAAUUCACUGUCGUUGGGUGCAAUACGCUCGCCUACAUCUCUGACGACACUGGCACGGGCUACCAGAGUGGAUGCGUCUCAACAUGCCGAAAUUUGUCAGACUUAGUAGCCGGCUCCUGCUCUGGCAUGGGCUGCUGCCAGACAGCCAUACCCAGGGGUAUGGACUUCUACAAUGUAAGCUUCGACAGUGGUUUCGACACAAGCCGGAUUUCGAGCUUUGGUCCGUGCGGCUAUGCCGUGCUGAUGGAGGCGGAGACGUUCAGUUUCAGCCCUAGUUACAUCAACCAGUUCAAUUCCACGAACAAUGGACGAACACCGGUGAUAAUGGACUGGGCAAUAAGAGAAAACAGUAUGUCGUGUGAGGUCGCUAGGCUAAACAAGACAGGUACUUACGCAUGCCUCAGCAGAAAUAGCGAGUGCAUGGACUCCACCAACGGACCAGGAUAUCGAUGCAAUUGCUCCAACGGGUACCAAGGCAACCCCUAUCUUUUUGAUGGAUGCCAAGAUUACAAUGAAUGUAUAGACAGGUCAUCAUGCCCUUCAGGCAGCACCUGCCACAACACAAUAGGAGGAUACAGGUGUUCGUGUCGAGCAGGAAGGAAGUUUUCUCAGCAAAACAAAACAUGUGACCCUGAUACCGGUCUAAUAAUAGGAGUUACAGUUGGCUUUCUUGCUCUUGUGAUUUUCUCCUUCUUGAAUUACUUCAUCUUUCAAAGAAGGAAACUGAACAAAAUUAAGCAAGAGCAUUUUCGACAACACGGAGGUGUUCUUCUGUUCGAGAGGAUCAGAUCUGAAAAUGGUCUUGCUUUCAAGGUAUUUACAGAAGCUGAACUUAUACAAGCCACAAACAACUAUGAUAAGACCCGGAUAAUUGGAAGAGGAGGCCAUGGAACGGUCUACAAAGGUAUUCUUGAAGACAACACACCUAUUGCAAUUAAGAGAUGUGCAUUUAUCGAUGAAAGGCAACAGAAGGAAUUUGGUCAAGAAAUGCUAAUACUAUCUCAGAUCAAUCACAAGAACAUUGUCAAACUGGUGGGUUGUUGCCUAGAGGUGGAAGUUCCGAUGUUAGUCUACGAGUUCAUCCCAAACGGCACCCUGUAUGAGCUUAUCCAUGGCAGGAACCGAGCAUUGCAAGUCUCUUUCAGCUCCUUGUUAAGGAUUGCACAUGAAGCAGCUGAGGGACUUAGCUUCCUACAUUCUUAUGCAUCUCCCCCUAUUCUACACGGUGAUGUGAAGACCGCCAACAUUCUCCUCGAUGACAAUUACAUGGCAAAAGUUUCGGACUUUGGAGCCUCCAUUCUAGCCCCAUCUGAUAAUGAGCAGUAUGUGACUGUGGUUCAAGGUACCUGUGGUUACCUCGACCCUGAAUACAUGCAGACAUGCAAAUUGACAGACAAGAGUGAUGUCUACAGCUUCGGCGUCAUCCUUCUAGAGGUGCUCACAGGCCAGGUUCCGCUGAAACUGAAUGGUCCUGAGGAGCAAAGGAGCUUGACAUCAAAUUUCCUGACCGCCAUGAAGGAGAAUAAACUUGACGCACUGGUGGCCAGACAUAUAAAGGGGCAAGAGAGCACUGAGUUGGUCACGGGGCUCGCAGCGCUAGCCAAGCAAUGCUUGGACAUGUGCGGCAACAAUAGGCCAUCCAUGAAGGAGAUCGCUAAUGAACUGGGCAGGUUACUGAAGCUGUCGCUGCAUCCUUGGGCACAACUGGAUGCAGAGACUGAGACUGAGAGCUUUCUUUGUGGACCAUCAACUUCUAGUAUUGAGAUAGAAGUUACUACUACUUCUCCAUAUCCUUCGCAGGAUGGGGAGAACCUGCCCAUGAAUCCGAUGAGUUCCUAUUAUGGGAGGUAAAACUCCAUUGUAGAAAUAAGUGAUGUGUAUCAAAAAAUUUAAUUCCUGGGGCAUUUGCGAGCUAGCUGGUAUGCCAAUUAAUAUGUCUGCCAGAUGCACACAUAAUGCUUUGUGGCUCUAUGUAUCUGUAUCUGUUUACGCCAUUCUAGUAUGUACUGCGAGUUUCUGAGCAGAAUAAUUGUGACAUACUAUUAUGCAAUAUAUUGUAUAUUCUAGGCGUAUCUGGUCUGUUUC